UUUGAGUAAACGUGGUGUGGUCAAUGGUGUAGGUUGCAUGGUUUACAAGACAGGUGUUUUGUGAAUGAAACCCCAAGUGAUAAUGUUUUGAAUAGCUAAAGUGAAUAUGGUUUUUGUGAAUUUGUAUUCGUUUAAUAACUUAGGAUCAGUUGUGUCAACAAUCUCAAUUUCUAAACUCAGUCCAGUUACAAAAUAUUCAACAAAUUUUUCUUGACGAUAUUUAAUAUGAAAAGAUUGAAAAAUAAUUCAUCGGAAAAGAAUCGGACGAGUCCGGCACGUCCGAUGGGGCAAUGUAUGUCUCGUAAGGCCGCGGGAGCCUUUGCAGCAUCGGCAGCGGUGUCCCAAAAUCGGCCGGCAAAAAUUCAGAAACAUCAGAAAUUUCAGAGUCCUGACGACGACAACAAGCCUCGCUCAUUGCUGAUAACGCAGGACAGCAACAAGCAGCACCAACAGCGUUUCGUUCAAGCCACAACCACCGUCGGGACAGCAGCUACCACCAAGGGUGUCGCAAUGUCUUUCGGCUUCAAGCGUCGACAAACUGCACCAUCUAUCGCAGCAAAUGCUAGCGCUGCACGAAGGCUGGCGAAUAACCAAGGUUCCAUUGAUGGAACCACUGCUACCGAGAGUAUUGAUAGGAAUGGUAAUGAUUCUAGAGAUACGGACGCUUUAACGUCAAAUGCUGCACCUACUGGGAGAUCCACUCCAAGGUUGCUGCCGCCUAAGAAGGAGGCUAACGCCACAAAGGUGUCCAGAUUUGGUUUUAGGCAUACUCAAACCUCUAGGUUGAACAAAGUUGCAGACGUGAAUAACACUGGCGACAUAACCAAUCAAAACAAGAACAAUAAUUUUGUAAAGAAGCCGAUCGCGUUAGCCAGGACGGUAGUACCUACGGACAAUAACAACAGAAACAGAAUAUACAGAGUAGAUCCACCCCCACCACAGAUUGGCAAAUUCACCCUACAAUCAACACAGUUACCUAGACCCGAACCAAUCAGAGUCAUAGAAACAAAGUCAGCUAAAACGGUGGCGAAUAACAACAGAAGAGUAGCCGGAAUGUAUCAACAGCAUACAGAAGAAACUUCUUCCAAAGACGGGUCUCUUACUGAAGAUUCGGGAGUGGGGAGCCAUUUUAGUAGUUAUGUAGGAGAAACCGAUGUAAUACUUAGAGGAUAUGACCAUUUAGACUCAUCACCGACGUUUGGAGCGCGACGAAGAAAAAAUAGCCAUCACAAACCUCGAAAUUUAGAAGUAGUAGUUACCGGUACUAACACGUUCGAUGUCAGAGACUUGGAAGACUCGAAUGACAGCUGUGACAGUGUCUCAGCUCCGCCAUUGCCGCAGUUACCCAGCGCCUUCCAUUCCACACCUGAACAUAAGAAUAAUUCAUAUCACCCGUCUGGUUUAGUUAGAGACCGUACAGUAGAAUACCAACGCAAUCUUGAUAGAAACAAUCGCCUAAGAAAGAUAUCAAAAACGUCGUCAGAAGGAUUCAGCGACGAUUAUGGAGAGGAAGAAAAGACUUACAGAGAUCUGUUUAGAAGUGAGAAAACCUUUAUUAGGCCAUCAGGCCCUCAGCCGAACUUUUUCAAAUCCAGGACAACUCAGCUCAGAGAUGAUUCCAGCCCGCCUAGUUCAGACGAACAAGAAUGGUUACACGGUGGAGAAGCCAUGGCAGAUGAUGUCAGUUUUUCGCUUAGUUCUAGCGAUGAAAGUAAAGAUAAAAAUCAUGAAGUCGCGCCUGUACAAAUGCCAAUCUCUGCAACGGUUAUAAACGCGAGCUUGCACAGUCUAAUGAAUAGUUCCUUAUCUAAAGCCUUCGCCACGAGUACCAGAGAAGUCAAGAACGUGAUGUUGACCAUUGAGGAUCCAAAAUUUGCCGCAGUUGCCAGCAAUACAGGAACCCUUUUGGAUGACGAAACAUUGCUUUCUCCCGUUGAUAGUGUAAUGAGCUUUUCUGAGUCAGAAGAAAUUAGGCGGAAAUUAAACCGAAGUUCAUCUAACUCAAAGGAUAUAAACGAAAAGUUGACACCGCCUAGUCCUGGCACUCCUACAAAUGCAUCAAAUUCUUUAUCCAUCUCAGAUGACAAUGAUAAUUUGAAUAAUAGCGGAAAAGAUGAUUUCCUCAUAGACGAUGAAAUAGCAGACCAGCCCGCUCUGAUGUUUGAAGAUUGUACUCAUCCACUAAAUAACGAUAUUAGUUCGGAAACUCUAAUGGACUCUACUCCAAAGUCUAGACGAAGAAUACCGUCAGGAGUAGAAAAUAGCCCGCUAAGUACCAAAAACAAAAAGUUUUCCAUUAACAGAACUGGAUCUCUGGACACACUAAGUCCGUGUGAGAGUAUCGCCAGUGAUGAUCUGAUGAUGGAUUUCUGCUAUAGUCAGAGCAGUGGAUUGGAUGAUUGUGAAGCACAUAGCAGUGGUUAUCCAUCUUUAAAUGAAACUCUUACACCACAAAGACAGGAAACAUCAGACAUUUACAAGGAACUAAGGGAGUGGAAUUCAGAGAAUCACACGCCACACAGAGGAACAGAAAAGCACAAGAAAAGCACCACCGCUUCAAGAACUCGCUUAUUAUCAUCGCGAGUCAGCACUCCCAACUCCACCGUAGACUCUCCGAAGACUUUAGGACGUGUUUCACGUCCUUCAGCUACCAGCAGUCCAGUACGUUAUAACAGAGUCGCCAAUCUCUCGUCUGCGUGUGGUUACGAUUCGGAUGACAGUAUCCGUCUCGAUCGCGCCAGUCAUACGGCCGUCAAGCAGGACAUCGUAGGAAUCAAGACUAUGUUGUUGAAACUUAGACGAGUUCUUAACGAGACAGUAGAAGAGGAAUUGUUGAGGUCAGAAACUCACAACCCAUUUGAAAGUCAGCACUUGACGAAUGGGAUCUUCAACAGUCUGUGUCCGGACAAUGACGUGAGCGAUGACGGCAGCAGCCAAAACGAAGCGAAAGUGAUAUCAGAACUGGCUGAGCUACGGAGGCAAGUGCUGUUUCUGCAAGGCCAACUGGAGGAUAGGGAGAAGACGGUGCAAAAUCUUCAAGAACAGAUGGUACGGCUCGCAGAAGACAACUACCACGCCAAUUCCGCACCAGCUUCCACCACGUGCGAAAGCUCCACGUGUAACGCUGCUACACAAACAGAAAGGAUGCGACCAAUCUCGGCAGGCCCCUCCCUUCUAGGUGGAUCGCCAGUUGAUGGUAGUGCAGGUUCUCUAGUCAGUGUGACUGAACUUCUAUCACCAACAUCACCCAGGAACGCAAGGAAGUCGCGCCCUCCAUCAGCAACGCCACCAGGGACGUGUGACUCGACGCCCUCGAAGAAGAUUCCUUCGAGGUUGUGGAGGCAACCGGGGGAGCCGCCCUCCCCCCAACGUUACGCCUUUAUUUCUAGUUCUACAUCUUCUAUCCCAAGGCGGGCCCAUAGUCGUACUAGAACGCCUGCUUCCACAUCGUGAUAUUCUUUCUUGAAUUUUUUGUUUUUCAAUUUUUAGAUUCUAUUUUUAGGUGUAUUGUGAAAGGUAGUAACGAUGUAGUACUUUGAAGAUUGGAGUCAAGAAUUAAGUUGUUUUGUAGAACUGGAACAAAUGUAUGCAAGGGGUGGUUAUUACAUAACGAGACUGACGCUGUAAAAUAUUUUACUUUAACCCCAUAUUAUCAUUUUAAAUACAUAACUCUUCCCUAUUCUACAACUUUCCGUGCAAAAAUCUUUUAUUGUUCGAAACAGUGCGAGAAUCAUUCUUCUGUUUGAUCCUUCAAAACUUGUGUUGUUUUCUCUCUCGUAGCUUCAAAUCUUGUUCCUUUUAUAGCAGAUUUUACCUUGGGAAACAAAUAAAAAUUAAACAGCGCAAGAUCCAACGAAUAGGGUAAAUAGAGGGGAAUAGUAUGGUAAAAAACUGGAAUCUAGACUAGCUUAGAAACUUCUUGGAAGACAAUGCGAAACUUGCGCACACUUUUCGCAUGUUUAAAUUGUUACUUGUAAUCAUUUAUCAAUUGAUUCGAUUUUAGAAAUUACCCGAAUACUUACCGAAGGUCAGAUGAAAUCGGGUUUCUGAUUUUUUUAAUAUUGUUAGCUGCUUUUAACGUGCAAAGGUGACGGGAGAGUGAAUCAUCUCUAAAAUCUUCAAAGUUUCAUAAUAUGUCCACGGCUAUGCUAUGCCGAUUUAUAAUCAUUCUAAAGAGCGGUGUUACAGCGCCAGUCUCGUUAUGUCGUAAAUAUCUUCUUUGUCCUAACAAAAUAUAAGUAGGUAUUAUAUUAAAUCUAGAGCGCCGGCAAUAUGUCAGACAUUGCCGUACAUAUUUUUUAUCAAUAAUUUAACAAAAAGCGUUGCAAUAGAAAUAAAAAAAUAUCUUUAAUUAAUUCUAAAAGUACUGCAUUGUUACUAUUUAAAAAUAUAUAAAGUACUCAUGGGAAUAUAUUAAGUAUUUAUUUAGUAUUGAAUAUAUUUUUGAUUUUUUUUAUGGUUUUUCAUAUUAAUCCAUACCAAAAUUAUUU